UCUCAGCCUCCCAAAGUGCUGGGAUUACAGGCAUGAGCCACUCUGCCCGGCCUAGAAAAUUUUAAAUUGCUUGUGUGACUUGCAUUCUAUUUCUGUUGACCAGCGCUGGAUUAGAGUAGCCUUCUAUGUGUUCUCGGUCAGAUUCCCAGGGAGAGUUUCUGGCUCAGCCCUGAGUCAGCAGAGCCCUCCUCUGUGAUGAGUACCCACCCUGGUACAAUCAGCUUUGUGGGGAGAGUGGCACAAGAUGGGGUGCUGGCUCAGCAGAGGCUGUGGGUGUGGUGGGCAGGAUAAGGCCAUGUCUAAGAUAAGGUGUCCUCCUGUUUUCAACAAGAAAUAUUACAUGAGCAAAUGGCAGGAUUAUUUAUUGAGCCACAUAGGUGCACUCUCUCUACCUUUGCACUCCCCUCCUCAUUCUAAUUGGUAGUUGGGCCUUUUGAGAAUCCCUGUAUCCGGGGAGUUUGUGGUUCAGGGCCAAAGCAGAGGUGUUGGAGAUUACCCCUGUAUCUGUGGUAGGUGGAUUAUGCCAAGUGGCCCAAGGUAAAGGGGUGAGGUUAAAUAAAAAGGAGAAGAGGGACACUUUUGUCUCUAAGACUGAGACAGGAGCAGAGGGGAGUGGAGAAGAGGUUAGCCACUUUCCUGCUAGGGGCAAAGAUCUGUGUCAGGACCCAGUGGAGGGAGUGGGAAGAACCUCAGCAGGGGAAGGCCACAGGGUGCACCUGGCAGGCUGAGCUCUCAGCACCCAGGCCACAGCCUUGCUGAAGACCUGAGCCCGUUUUUUGCGUAGAAGCCUUCCAACUAACAGUCUUCAAGUGACCACAUGAGCUCUGAAAACUAUCAUAGCAGCAGCCAUGGAAGGAACGUACCCUAAUUUUCUAGACCUCCCAGAAUUUCUCAUGACUCAGUGGGAGAUUGAGAUUUCCUCCAUCCUAGUGGGAUAGAGGCUUAGAGAAACCAGAUUGAAUUUGUUUUAUUUUGUUCUGGGUGUGGGGAAUACUGGAGUCCUAGGCCAAGGAAGCCCACCUUCCCUUGGUGUUUGUAGGAUAGAUAGUCUCAUCUACACUUGCAACGAAAGGCUUAGCAACCUGGUCCCUAAGCCAGUGCCUUGCCUAUUCAGUCACUCAUAUCUUUAGGCUUUUCUGAGUGGAGACAAGGCCUAACAGUCAGGACAUUGCUCUCUCUGCAGCCCCCUACUCCACAUCACCCAGGACUAUCAAUCCUAGGAUUCUCUCAGACACCUUGCAUUCAAACGGCCACCAAAUCCUACCUCCACCUGAUCUCCUGAGUCCAUUCCUCUUUCUUUAUCUUCACUGUUGAUGUUGCAAGCUUCUAGGUGAUGCUGGUGUUGCACUCUGGGGACCACACUUUGAGGACCACUGAUCUAUAGGCUCUGUGGUAUUAUCAGGUGUCUCAGCAGAUUCUUAGAUGCAUGCAAAUGUGAACUCCAGCUUUCAGGCAGUUGAUACAGGAGGUGCCUAUGCCAUGUGUUAUUUUUUUGUACCAAACGUUGCUCUUGGGCUAACAUAUCAAUUCUACUUCACCAAGAGUAACUUCAGUCCACACUGACUCAAGAAACCAAGAAUGCCGAGACGCAUUUCAUUCAAACAUUCUCCCCUUGGCAGGGAGAUCAAGAUGGAGGCAUCCGGCUUCUGCCAAGGAUGUCAGUGUUAGUCCUAUGCAAAACCAGUUCUGGUUCUUUCUUGUUCUUCACACAGGUUUGAACAAUGAUGCGACUGUAAACCGUGUGCGUGUGUGCGCGUGUGUGCUAAUACGAUUUAGGCUGGAUUUGGACACUGAGGUACAGUUCCUGGAGAUGCUGAGGAUUAGUGGUAACAGCUGUUACUCUCCCCAUUAGAGGAAAAACUGAAAGGAGAAUACUUUUGUGUAAGGGAUGUGUUUGCAACUCUGAGGGAGGCAGCCGUUCUAUCAAGCCUGAAGAAAAGUGUGUUCCUAGGUAAGUGGAUGUUUUCUUUUUAUUUAGUUAGUUUUGUAGAGACGGGGUCUCCCUAUGAUGCACAGGCUGGUUUUGAACGUCUGGCUUCAAGUGAUCUUCCUGCCUCACCCUCCCAAAAUGCUGGGAUUACAGGUGUGAGCCACUGUGCUCAGCUCCAAGUGGAUGUUCUUCAGCGUUCAGGUAGACAAGAUGCUGGUGGGAAAGAGGACACGGUGAAACCUAAGGCAGGAGGGUGGGAGGUGGGGCUGUGGCUGCAGUCUGCGAGACGAGGCACUCACUCCCCUUCCCUUGUAGGCACCUGUGUCUGAUCUGCCUUUGGAAAGUAGACCACUUGCCAUCAGCAAGGGCUUGAGAAGCAUUUUCAUUUCAUUUCUUUCUCUUCUUUUCAGAGACAGGGUCUUGCUCUGUGCCCAGGCUGCAGCCUCAACCUCCUGGAUUCAAGUGAUCCUCCUGCCUCAGCCUCCCGAGCAGCUGGAACUAGAGGGGAGGGCAGGAUGAGGAUGCGGGCUGCCCUCGUGGGCUGGGCUUGCACCACCCUCUGCCUGGUUUCCUGCUCAUCUGCCUUUUCCCAUGGUGCCAGCACGGUGGCCUGUGAGGACAUGCAGCCCAAGCACAUUCAAGCCCAGCCUCAGCACCAGGACACCCACCACAUCACCAUCCACACCCGCAGGUCUUCCUAUGCACCAGGUGACAAGAUUCCAGUGACGGUGAGAAGCAGUCGUGAUUUCAUGGGAUUUCUCCUUCAGGCUCGAAGAGUGUCUGAUCAUCAAAUCGCUGGGACUUUUGUUUUCAUUCCUCCUCAUUCCAAACUGAUGACUUGUUUUCAAGAGGCUGAUGCAGUCACCCAUUCUGACAAGUCCCUGAAGAGAAACCUGUCGUUCCUGUGGAAGGCCCCUGCCCAGCCUGUGGGGGAUAUUAAGUUCCUUUUAUCAGUAGUCCAGUCAUAUUUCGUUUACUGGGCAAGGAUUGAAUCAUCUGUUGUGUCCCAACAGACACAUAGCAGCGCCCAUUCUGAUGACCGCAUGGAGCCCAGAUUACUGAUGCCAACCCUUCACCAGAGGCUGGGUGAUGUUGAAGGAGCUGCCCCAGCUCCCAGGGCCCCCAUCACUCUUCCACAGAAGCACACACAUGCCUUUGCUGUUGCCCUUCCUGGAGCUGCAGAGGAGGACAGCCUAGAUCCUGUUCCUGCCAGUACUUGGGUGACAAAGUUUCCUGGGGAUGCAGAGACUCUGUCCCAACCAUCUUCACACACAGCCACUGAAGGCAGCAUCGACCAGCAACUCAGCAUGGACAGCCAUCCGACUCUAGAGCCGUCCCUGGAGGUCCACAGGCUGGAGAGGCUCGUGGCCCUCAAGAAAGUCUCCUCAGAGAGCUUUGCUUCCAGACUUAGCAUCCAUCACAGCCCUUCCAUUCUUCCCUUUAGAUCUCAGGAUGAUCCCAGCUUUGAUUCACUGGAAACUUGCCUGUCCUCAGUUGGGGGUGAACAGGACAAGAUGAAGGCCUCUAACAGGACCAUGACACAGCCUCCUCUGUACCCCGUCCAGCUUACCCAUCCCCGGCGCCUCUGGUCCUCUGAAACUUUCACAGGGAAUGGGGCAGGGGCAAGCAACCCAACCGCUGUCCUCCAGACCUCUGGUACUUCUGGGCUACCUGCUACUGGUGACCAGUCAGAGGCAUCCAGGGCCUCUGCCAGCUUCUUACUUCAGUCAAAGCACGAGGAGCUCAGAGCAGGGAAGGGAGAUGGAGAGGGUGGAGUGGGAUACCCUCAGCAGACCAACCCACGGCCUGACGCUGGGCUAGAGGGGGCCCAGGCCCCUCUGGGGAUCCAGCUCAGAACUCCCCAGCUGGGAGUUCUGCUUUGCCUGUCAGCCAUCCUGGGCAUGGCCCUGGCUGCUGGCCUUCGCUACCUGCACACCCAGUAUUGCCACCAGCAGACAGAAGUGUCCUUCGGCGAGCCCGCUUCGGAUGCUGUUGCCAGGAGCGACAGUGGCGAGACUGUGCACAUCAGGAGGAUUGGGGAGAACGGUUUUGUUUUGGUUCAAGCAGAGUACAACUGGAUCACUCCUUCUGUGGGUAGCAAGAAAACAGUCCUCUGAGAAGACCAUCACCCCAGACCUCUCAGUGGCCCUCCUUGGGCCCUGGAGAGUGUCCCAGACAGAGCAGACCUAAUGAGAAUACCUGAUGAAGACAGGGACUCAUUGUGCCUCUGUCAAUGUGCAGUUCAUGGAGGAAGCCGGGAGAGGACAGUUUCAUCAACAGAGGGAGUUAUUUCUGAGCUUUGUUGUCUUAACAUCUGUAAUUGAGCUUCCUUUUUUCUUUUUGCAAUUAGACGUUCUGUUUGAAGACUUAAACUCAACACAAUGAAUAUUGUAUAACCCGCUCAUUAACUAGACCCCUGUGGCCGCUAAGCUUCCUCUGUUGCCUUAAGGAAGCCAUAGAAAUAGAAAUGCUGUCCCUCCUUAGUGUCUCAGCCUCAUCUCUUCUAACUCUUUGGGGAAAAGAGUAAUGUUAGGUUGUGUCUCCUGCAAGAAAAAGAACUGCAGCUCUCACUUUGCCUUCCUAAACCACCCCCAAAUAAGUUUUCUUUUCAAAACUAGAAUUCAACAACUUGCUAGAGUUCUGAUUUGGAUGGCUAGGUGAAUGCAAGGGUGUUUGGUCUUCUGGGCAACUCAGCAGCCUGGCAAAUCGCUGUGGAAAUUGAUCCAAAGUCAGGAAAGUUUUUGAGAGCUUGAUUGAACACAUCUUUAGGAAAACAUAUACAUGCAACACAAGGCCAUAAACACCAGAGUGGGGUAAGCAAGCCUUUUCAUCAGGUGUAAAUGGAUCUGAGACCUCCCAUCCAUUUACACUUGAUGGAAAGAUUCGUGUAUUCCAGCAGCUAGCAGACAUAUUGCCUUUUGCCAGAGGUCAGGCUGAAAAACGUUAUUAUACCAGCACAGUUUGAAGAACAGUCUUUACUUGUCUUUUCAGGGAAUAUCAGGCAGAAAGCUUCAUGGACGAAGGUCAUCUAUCUGAUCUCAUAACCUUAUGAAGAUUGCUUUGAUUUAACAGUGGCUCCACAGAUACUAUCUGAGGUCAAAACAACAGAUCUGAAUGUAACUCUUAAAUAUGCUCACCUAAUAUAGCACAUUGGAAUUAGCUGCCUUUUCAGAGUGAAACCUAUUACAGAGUCACCAUUCAUUUUAAUGCAGAAACAAAAAUCACUACAAAUUCGGAAAGGAUAUUUGUUUAUUGAACACCUAAUUCAUACAGGAACUGUGCUAAGAAAUUUGCAUAUAUCUUCACAUUUAACCCUCACAAAAAUUUAAUGAGGAAUAAGUGCAGUAACUUUCCAAGGAGAAUGAGGCUUUCCUUACAUCUCAAUUUGACAAUUUUUAAAAAUUGGGUGUUCAGGAAAGAGACAGCUCCUGCUUUUUCCAUACCUCCCUUUAGCUCAUUGGUCAUCAAUUUCAAGACUGUCUCCUCCUGGAUUCUGGGCUAGAUAGCUCUGUUCCCUGGCUUCAGUCAUUAGAUGCAUGGAGACCUAGGUAAUUUGUGCAUUCACAAAUGAAAGUGUUCUAGGAAUGCUGUGGAAAGAAAGAAAUGUACUGUACUCUAAUAAGGCCACAGAUAUCCCUUCUGCAUGCCUAGGGAUGCCCUCUAAAAGAUAUCCUCCCCGAGAAGCAAACAAGGGACCCCAUUAGCGGAGAGCUCUCAUCUGGCCACAUCACAUCAGAGCCAGAUGCAUCAUGUAUGCAACAUUUUUUAGAUCUUUUCUGUCUAAGAGAGAAUUUUCCUAUGUAAACAGACUGUUUCGCUUAUCUGUUGAUGUGAACAGAUUACUUUCAAGCUUAGUAGUUGAAAAUAAAAUCACCACCACCACCAUU